CCUUGCCACACUUGGAUAAACCUUGCCACACCUGAAUAAGCCUUGCCACACUAGGAUAAGCCUUGCCACACUUGGAUAAGCCUUGCCACACUAGGAUAAGCCUUGCCACACUAGGAUAAGCCUUGCCACACUAGGAUAAGCCUUGCCACACUUGGAUAAACCUUACCACACUUGGGAUACACUUGGACACCUUGACACAGUACAAGAACCAAACUCCCAAAAUGGUAAGUCAAAAUAUUGCAAUUGUAUUCCUCAUUGAAAGGUCGGAUUUAAACAAAAAAUAUGGUCACACAACAGUUACCAUUGAAUCUCCAAUAAUGUAUUUUAAACCCAGCUAAUUAUAAAUUGUUUUAACACUUCCUAGGGUCACUAGUCAUGAAAAUUUAACCCCCCAAAAAAAUGUUUCAAGCGUCCCACAUAAAUACUUUUUAAUUUCUUAAACUAUCAUAUUUUAAUUACGCGUCCUGUUUUUCUUUUGCUUUCAUAUUUCCAGCGUGAAUGUAUCUCCGUUCACGUCGGCCAAGCCGGAGUCCAGAUGGGUAACUCCUGCUGGGAGCUGUACUGUUUGGAACACGGGAUCCAGCCAGAUGGACAAAUGCCACUGGACAAAGGGGUUGGGGGUGGCGUCGACGAUUCGUUCAACACUUUCUUCAGUGAGUCUGGGUCAGGAAAACAUGUGCCCAGAGCCGUGUUCAUCGAUCUGGAGCCUACUGUUGUUGGUAGGUUUACAAGUCUAAUGUACAUUGCUGGUGCACACUCUUGGUGCACACUCAUGGUGCACACUCUUGGUACUUAAGCUCAAGUUUUUAACGUUUGUUUAAAGACAAUGGCGUCGCUGCCUAUCUAUAACACUGUAAAAGAGUCCGCUGCAUGAGUGUGAAGUCUCUGAACUUUCAACAGAAUUACUGGAAAUAUUUAGAAUCCUUUCUUCUUGCUAUUUGUAGCACCAAGAUGGUAGGCUAUUUAAAAUUGUUUCUUCUUGCUCUUGUAGCACCAAGAUGAAAGCCUGUUUAAAAUCCUUUCUUCUUGCUCUUGUAGGACUAAGAUACUAUAUAUUACGAAUUGCGGAUAUAAUAUUCACAACUCUCGAAUGGUAUCUGUUAACCAAUUAUGGAUAUAUUCAGCUUUUUACUAGUGGCCACUAUGAUCUCUAUAACUGCUCAACAGAUGAGAUCAGAACUGGCAGCUACCGACAGCUCUAUCACCCAGAACAGAUGAUCACUGGUAAAGAGGAUGCCGCCAACAAUUACGCAAGAGGGCAUUACACCAUCGGAAAGGAGAUAGUCGACCUUGUACUCGACCGCAUGAGGAAGUGUGCUGACCAAUGCUCUGGUCUCCAGGGAUUCCUAAUCUUCCACAGGUCAGUUUAGCUUUGUAAAAAAAAAAAUGCAACUGUUAAGUCGAAAUAGAUUGAUUUACCUUUUUAAAAUUCAGUAAUAUUAAUGCAGUCUCGCAUUUUCAGGUUAAUUUUUUUUUAAAUCUCUGUAAAACAUUGUCGAUGAAAGAGUGAUAACGUUUGUACCACUGUAGGGGCACAAUCCUCAUAGUAAGGGUACCACUCAUUCCUAAAGAGAACACACAGCAAGGAAAAAUAGAAUCGACUCUAUUCCAACUAGGACCCAAAACAACGGGUAUCCUAGGUUUUAGGAGUUUUUCAAGCACAAAUAAAAUGACUGUCUCCCUCUGAUCAUAGCGUUGGUCAUCUUCGCAUGCGAAAGACGAACACCACCAAGAGAUAUAACCUUGUAAUACUUCUGUCUUUAUUUAGUUUUGGCGGAGGCACAGGAUCUGGAUUCACGUCCCUGCUUAUGGAGCGACUAUCCGUUGACUAUGGCAAGAAAUCCAAGCUGGAGUUUGCCAUCUACCCAGCCCCGAAGGUAACAUUUUUACUAACAGCAUUAGGCCGUUCAUGAUUCAUGCGUGUGUAUCGUGGUCAUUCUUUUAACAGUUGAAAAAGAUAUUCCAGAUAUUAUUUCUUUAUAACUUGUGCCUACAUUUGUUACACGCUCGUACAAUUGCAUUCAACUAUUUAAAAACACACACCUCCCUUCGCCCCUCACUUUGCCCAGAUCUCCACCGCCGUGGUGGAGCCGUACAACUCGGUCCUGACAACCCACACCACCCUGGAACACUCGGACUGCGCCUUCAUGGUGGACAACGAGGCAAUCUUCGACAUUUGCCGGCGCAACCUGGACGUGGAGCGUCCCAGCUACAUCAACCUCAACCGCCUGGUCGCCCAGAUCGUCUCAUCGGUCACAGCAUCGCUCAGGUCUUUUUGAUGAUUAAGUUGUUAAACAUUUCCAGACAUUUUAUAUAGAAACCAUCUUCAGGUCCUUUUCUGUUAAAUUGAUUUGUUUCUUCUUCUGUCUAGCAUAGCUAUAUUGUAGUAUUCUGUCUAGUAAAAUGUUUUUUAGUAUUCUGUAUAGUAAAGCUAUAUGUUGUAGUAUUGUCUAGUAAAGCCAUGUUUUAAUAUUGUCUUGUAAGGCUAUGUUGUAGUAUUCUGUCUAGUAAAGCUAUGUGGAGUAUUCUGUCUAGUAAAGCUAUAUUUUUGAGUAUUGUCUAGUAAAGCUGUUUUAAUAUAUUGUCUUGUAAAGCUAUGUUGUAGUUUCGGUUUAGUAAAGAUAUGUUGUAAGUUGUAUUCAGUUUAGUAAAGCUAUGUUGUAGUCAUGUCUAGUAAAGCUAUGAUGUAAUAUUAUGUCUAAAGCUAUGUUUUAAUGUUAUAUAAUUAUAAGGUAUAAUCUUUUCCGCGUAAUUUUCUACUCCAUCUCUGUAGGUUUGAUGGUGCCCUGAAUGUAGAUUUGACAGAGUUCCAGACCAAUUUGGUUCCUUACCCUCGCAUUCAUUUCCCACUUGCAACUUAUGCCCCAGUCAUCUCCGCUGAGAAGGUAUUGUUUGUGGAACGUGCAUAAUGUUCAGGCAGCCGGUAUCAUUUCUAAACAUCGUAGUAAUCGCCCUUUGGAAUGGUGACGUAUAUAAAUUCAUCAGCAUGGUUUUAAUCUGUGUGCUAAAUAUCACUAAGGUUAUGUGAUAGUCGAAGGAUAUCGUAGAGCUUUCGACCACUUCCAUUUGCUUCUCUAUUUAUAAUUAAUUAUUGGGGGGGGGGGCGGAAUUACAAUUGUACCUUUCAUAAAUUUUGAAUGUAUAUUAUCGCAUCCCAUUAAUUUUUAAAAAAAAUCAUCCGCUGCUUCACAUUUUAGGCUUAUCAUGAGCAAAUUUCGGUAGCUGACAUCACCAAUGCUUGCUUUGAGCCAGCCAACACCAUGGUGAAGUGUGACCCGCGUCAUGGCAAGUACAUGGCCUGCUGCAUGCUGUACAGAGGUGAUGUCGUCCCCAAGGACGUCAAUGCUGCCAUUGCCACCAUCAAGACCAGGAGGACCAUCCAGUUCGUCGACUGGUGCCCCACUGGCUUCAAGGUAGACGACGUUUCCAGUUAUACCAUUUGAUUGUUCCAUACACGGUAGCGUUUGUCCGCGUUAAAAUGACAUUGUAUGUUAAGAAAAAAGAAUUUAGCCUACUUGUUGUCGUUUGAUGUUAUUUAAUGUAUAUGUAUUUCAGGUUGGCAUCAAUUACCAACCGCCGACAGUCAUCCCUGGGGGUGAUCUGGCUAAGGUCCAGCGUGCAUUAUGCAUGUUAAGCAAUACCACUGCUAUUGCCGAGGCCUGGGCUAGACUUGACCACAAGUUUGACCUCAUGUAUGCCAAACGUGCAUUUGUCCACUGGUAAUUAGUUUUAUCUUUUAACAUGUAUAAUAAUUUCCUCCGCUAAUGAAGCAUUGGCUAAAUGAAGCAUUGGCUAAAUGAAGCAUUGGCUAAAUGAAGCAUUGGCUAAAUGAAGCAUUGGCUAACUGAAGCAUUGGCUAACUGAAGCAUUGGCUCACUGAAGCAUUGGCUAACUGAAGGAUUGGCUAACUGAAGGAUUGGCUAACUGAAGCAUUGGCUAACUGAAGCAUUGGCUAACUGAAGCAUUGGCGAAAUGAAGCAUUGGCGAAAUGAAGCAUUGGCGAAAUGAAGCAUUGGCGAAAUGAAGCAUUUGCGAAAUGAAGCAUUGGCGAAAUGAAGCAUUGGCGAAAUGAAGCAUUGGCUGCCGCUCCAGGAUUGUCCUCGUAAGUCAUGCGGGGAAAGGGUCAAUAAUAUAGAAGCUACCCCAUCGUCUCAUGAAGACGGAAAAAUGCCACCUUAACCCUAAAUAUCCAUAUACUUUUAUUCAACUUGCUCAUAUUUUCCCCUUCCUCUUUCAGGUACGUUGGUGAAGGCAUGGAGGAGGGAGAGUUCUCUGAGGCUCGUGAGGAUCUGGCUGCUCUUGAGAAAGAUUACGAGGAGGUUGGUGUUGACUCUGGCCCACAAGCGGGAGAAGACGAAGAAGAAGAGGUUGAAGAUUAUUGAAAAGGAUUACACAAGGUGGCAUUUGGAUAGUUCAUUUAUGUUAAAUUUGUUAUGUUCAUUUUCUUAAAUUAUAUAUUCGGCUAUUUCGUUUUUUUAUUGGUACCGUAGAAGUAUCUGACGGAAUUCUCAAAGCACUUGGUUGCAUACUUUUUUGUCCACAUAACUGACAGGUGGUGCAAGAGUGGUGCAAAAGUGGUGCUUUCAGAGAUAAUUUAGGCAUUUGAUCUGUACAAUUUUCGUGUAUUCCAUCUUUUAGUUUUCACAAGUUGUGAUUUAUAUAAUUAUAAUUUAAAAAAUAUUAUUUAUAUUUCAAGCCAAUUCAUAUUUACAUUUUUAAGCCAAUGAAGUUACACUUGAAACCCACUAUGAGUUACACUUGAAAUCCAUUAUGAAUUGUAUAAUAGAAGCAUAUGAAUUAUAAAAUAGAAACAUAUGAAUUGUAAAAAAGAAGCAUGUGAAAUAUAUAGAAGCAUUUGAAUUAUGAGUCAUUUACAUUGAAAGGUCAUUGUUGUAUAUAUUUGAGCCCAAUUGUUAGUUUGAUUCAGUCCCCCAAAGAAGUCUAUUGAGAAUAUUGAGCCAGCCAAUGAUUUGUUACUUUCCAGGGUUAGAUAUUGAUUAAUAAAUAUAAGCUCUAUUCACAGGCUGUGUUUUUGCUUUAUCGCAUGCUCAUUUUAUAUAUUUAUAAUAUAUAUUAUGUAUAUAUUCGGUUGAAUUUUUGAACUGCUGGAAAUGCAACUGUUAUUUUCUCCACUGGACGUCUAUAAUUGCUAUUGUAGGAAACAUUUUUUCAUCCUCGCUAUACCACAAUGACCCUUGAUAAUGGAUUAAACAAUAGAUAUAUAUCGUAAA